UAGAGUUGUGUAUAGUAUGUAAUUAUUUGACAAAUAUCAGUUGAAGUUUGUUGGUUUGCUUUGCAGAAAUGAGUGAUUUUGAUAAUUAUCGCAAAAAGACUCUAGCGCAAGAACGAUUGAAACGUUAUAGAAAAAAAAGGCGGCUCGAAAAUCAGCAGACUAGUCGAACGAUAUUCAGUGAUGAUGAGCAUAGUGAUGUUGGAAAAUUGGAUAAUAACUUUGCAGACUAUAGUUUUGAUGAAUUAGUUACAUUUGAAAUCAAUGGGGUACUUGAUGAUCCUGAUACUCCUAGUAUUCUUAGUGUUCCUAGUGAAGAAAAAAGAUUUGAAAGGAAUCAUUUGACUAACGAGUCUGAUUCCGGAACUUUUGUCAGCGCUGAUAACCACAGUUGUUCAAGAAGCCAUCAAGAUGAAGGCGUUGACACUGAGACGAUUGAUGACGAAGAUGAACUACGACCAGCUAGUGUAACCGAAGAUGACGUUGAUGAUUUGACAGAUGACUGUUUCAUGCAGUAUCAAGAAAUACAGGAGUUGAGAGAAUGGGCAUUACAAAGCAAGCUAUCACUAGCGCUUUUGGAUAGAUUAUUGUUGAUACUUCGGAAGAGAUUACUUCCUGACUUGCCUAAAACCGCAAAAACAUUCUUAAAAACUAAUUCAGCAAAAUAUGACAUUGAAAUUAAUGAAGAAGAUGCGAGUGAGUUUGUUUAUUUUGGCAUUGCCGACCCGUUGAGACAAACUGUCAAUUCCGUGUUUCAUAUUGAUAACACAAUCCAUUUACUCGUGAAUGUUGAUGGCCUCCAAUUAUUCAAGUCAAGUUCUCAACAGUUUUGGCCUAUUUUAUGCCAAAUAUUCUCCGAGGAAAAUGUGUACAAGCCAUUCCCAGUAGCUAUUUAUUCAGCUAGGCAUAAGCCAACAGACGUUCAUAAGUAUCUGGAAAAAUUUAUCAAUGAAGUCAAUGAACUCCAAGCUAAUGGCUUACUAAUUGACGGUCAAAUGUUCAACAUCUGUAUCAAAAGUUUUAUCUGCGACAGACCCGCUCGUGCGUUGCUGAAAAGCAUGAAAGGUCAUGGAGGCUAUUGGGCUUGUGAGAGGUGUGAGGUACGUGGUGAACGGGUGGAAAGAAGAAUAAUAUAUCCUAUAGAUGAUUCAGCUGCGGAAAGAACUGAUGAAUCCUUCCGUCAACAAACAAAUGCUGGUCAUCACAUAGGUGAAUCACCAUUACUAGCAAUUCAACCUCCAAUUGAUAUGGUUUCAACAUUUGUGUUGGAUUUUAUGCACUUAGUGUGUCUGGGUGUCAUGAAGAAACUCUUAUUUUAUUGGGUGAAUAAUUCCUCUAAAAGACGAUUGAGUUACUCCGGAAAAAUUCUGUUAUCUGACUACUUGGUAAAAAUACAAAAACAAAUUCCAUGUGAAUUUCAUCGCACUACACGCGCUUUGGUAGAAGUUGAUCGUUUUAAAGCGGUUGAAUUUAAAUUUAUUUUACUCUAUGCAGGACCAGUGAUUCUGAGAAAUGUGUUAAAUGAGGAUUUGUAUAAACAUUUUCUUUUGUUGCAUACCGCUUGUCGGAUAUUAUGCUCAAAAACUAGAGCUCUGAUUGAUUGUCAAAAUGCUAAUAAUCUUCUAAGAAAAUUCGUGAUACUGAUGCCACAACUUUAUGGAGAAGCGAGUAUAAUUGGCAAUGUACAUAACUUAUGUCAUUUGGCAAACGAUGUGCAGGUCAUGAAAUGUUCAAUUUCUAACAUUACUGCUUUCCCGUUUGAAAAUGCCUUGGGGCAGAUAAAAAAAUUACUUCGUAGUGGAAAGAGAGCUUUAGCACAAGCUUGUCGUCGUUUACACGAAAGUUUUUCUAUCUCCUAUCGAAAAGUAACUUUGAAUUCGAAAGUACAAAUAUUAACCCAAUUAAAUCCAGAUGAAACAGGCCGAAUUAUAAUUAAACGUUUAAAAUAUGACGGUAUCACGCUGACCACAAAGUCUCCAGAUAAUUGUGUUUUAUUACGAAAUAACAUUGUAUUGCAAAUUAAAGAAAUGUUCAUGUCAACAGCAACUGAAAGUGUACAUAUCAAGGGAACUAAGUUGAAAAAAAAAAAAUCCAUGUUAUCUUAUCCGUGUGACUCAAAAUAUUUGCAUAUGUGGAAUGUCAUCGCGGAGCCAAAUUCAUUAGAAACAUACAAAUUAGAAGAAGUUUGUCAAAAAAUGGUAACUUUUACUCUCGAUAAUGAUGGGAGGAUCAAAAUAUUCACGAUGCCUUUGCUACAUAUGUAGAAUGCUUUGGUUUGCAUUUGUUAUAAAAAAAAGAACGAAAAAAAUUUAAUGACAGAUUAUAUUAAUAGUAACCACCAUCAGUUUAUAAUUAAAAGCGAUUUUAAAUCAAUAUUAAAUACAAAGAAAAAAAAGAUUGAGGUGAGGUAUGAUAGGGCACAAAAUAAUAAAAUUGGCAACACUGCAUGUCAGUUCUUGAAAGGCUACAAUUGGGGGAGGAGGGGGGACGAGCAAAAUAUGUGCUAUUAAUAUAAAUUAAUUAGUGUGGACCAAUUAAUAUGUAUCACACAAUUAAAAGAACUUCGAUGUCUACAUUGCUAAAAACAAACCAGUGCAGUGACUGAGAUAACAGAAUUAGUGAAAUUUAUACAAGCGCACACUCACAACAUAUAUAGAGACUGAGACACCAUAGUGCCGAGUGCUAUAAUAAUAGCGUUAGUGUUCGUGUGCCGGUCAAACUAGCCAGUUCGUUUAUUGAGGUGUGGAUAAAAUAUACAGCAUUUGCUUCUAGUUACUGAAAAAUAUAUUCAUCUGAAUGAUAUAGGAGGAAACAAUUUAAUAUAUACAAAUUUUCCAAAUAAAAAGAGCCUUCAUUGUCAAAUUGGUAGACAAGCACAGUUAGAACUAAGAAACAGAACAUUGGAUAUUGGUAAAAUAUGUAAGAAGCAAAAUACACAAAAUACGUAAAAAAUGAGAAAACAAGUGCAGUGACUGUGAAAAUAGAAUUGGUGAAAUUUGUACAUAAACACACACACUGUAUAUGUACAGAUUGAAACGCUGUAGUGCCGGUACUGUGAUGGUAGCAUCACUCUUUGUUGGCUAGUCUAACGAGCCGGUUCGUGUAUUGAGGUGUGGUUAAGAAAUAUAGUAUUUGCUUUUAGGAGAUCAUAUCGACUUUUAUCUGUUUAAAAUUAUAUGAAAAAAAAAAACAAUUCGUUGUGUUUUAUAUAAUAUUCUGCAAUUGAUGUUCGAAGGAAAAGGGGGUAUCGGCUUGUGUUGUGUAUAUACCACCGUUUGUUCAGACGAAAUCCUUUUAGUUCAGUGAUAUUUUUUGUGCAAUGCUUUCUAAAAAAAAAGUAUCGAAA